AGUGACGGCUGCUGAGGGGAAAGGGGGAAAACGAGGAGUGAGUGAAAAUUAACGUAUUCAAAUCAGGCGAGACAGGGACGGAAGAAAGAAGUGUGGCUCCCAUCCGAACAAAUGGAGGAAGAGAAAGGCGAGCAGAUGAAACCUCUCCUAACCACAGGUAAUGAUGAUGAAGCUGUAGUGGACUUGGGGAAGACGAGCUCCAACAUCCACACUAACUUUGAGAAGGAGGAGCUUGAAAGUCACAGAGCCGUGUAUGUCGGGGUCCACGUCCCUUUGGGGCGACAGAGCAGGAGACGACAUCGACAUCGAGGACACAGACACCGCAAACGGAGAGACAGAGGCUCUGACCGUGAGGACGGACGAGAGUCCCCCACAUACGACACUCCCUCUCAGCGGGUUCAGUUUAUUCUGGGUACUGAGGAUGAUGAUGAAGAACACAUUCCACAUGACCUGUUCACUGAGCUGGACGAGCUCCACUUCCUCGAUGGAGAGAUGUAUGAGUGGAAGGAGAUGGCCAGGUGGCUGAAGUUUGAGGAGGAUGUGGAGGAUGGAGGUGAGAGAUGGAGUAAGCCGUAUGUAGCCACUCUCUCACUCCACAGCCUGUUUGAGCUCCGCAGCUGCAUCAUGAACGGCACGGUGCUGCUGGACAUGAGAGCUAACACCAUCGACGAGAUCGCAGACAUGAUCAUCGAUAGCAUGGUGGCGUCCAAUCAGCUGGACGAGUCUCUGAAGGAGAAGGUUCGAGAGGCCAUGCUGAAGCGGCACCAUCACCAGAGUGAGAAGAAGCUGAGCAACCGCAUCCCACUUGUGCGCUCUUUCGCCGAUAUAGGCAAGAAACACUCGGACCCGCACUUACUUGACCGGAAUGGUCUCAUGGUGUCUCCACACUCUGCUCCCGGGAAUCUGGAGAACAGUAAACCCAGUGAGAGUCGGAUGAACGGAGGGAGCAGAGAGAACAGCACCGUGGACUUCAGUAAGGUGGACAUGAACUUCAUGAAGAAGAUCCCCCCCGGUGCCGAGGCGUCCAAUGUGCUGGUCGGUGAAGUUGACUUUCUAGAUCGGCCAAUCAUCGCCUUCGUCCGUCUCUCACCUGCUGUCCUUCUCACCGGCCUCACUGAGGUCCCAGUCCCCACAAGGUUCCUGUUUUUGCUGCUCGGGCCAUUUGGUAAAGGUUCUCAGUACCACGAGAUUGGCCGCUCCAUUGCCACACUGAUGACUGAUGAGAUUUUCCAUGACGUUGCGUAUAAGGCUAAAGACAGGAAUGACUUGCUCUCCGGGAUCGAUGAGUUUCUGGACCAGGUGACGGUUCUCCCGCCGGGCGAGUGGGACCCCACCAUCCGCAUAGAACCACCUAAAAAUGUCCCGUCUCAGGAGAAAAGGAAGAUGCCGGUGCCGAAUGGCUCUGCCCCUCUGUCUGAGGUCAUCAAAGAGGAGGAGCAUCACACAGGACCAGAACUGAAGAGAACAGGACGGAUAUUUGGAGGUCUGAUGUUGGAUGUGAAGAGGAAAGCUCCAUUUUAUUGGAGUGACCUGCGUGAUGCGUUCAGUCUGCAGUGUCUGGCCUCAGUCUUGUUCCUGUACUGCGCCUGCAUGUCUCCGGUCAUCACAUUUGGUGGCCUGCUGGGAGAAAUCACCAAGAACAACAUUAGUGCUAUUGAGUCCUUAUUCGGAGCUUCUCUGACCGGAGUGGCGUACUCUCUCUUUGCUGGUCAGCCCCUCACGAUUCUGGGCAGCACCGGUCCAGUUCUGGUGUUUGAGAAAAUCCUCUUCAAGUUCUGCAGUGAUUACGGCCUGUCCUACCUCCCCCUGCGCACCAGUAUCGGUCUGUGGACAGCGUUCCUGUGUGUUGUGUUGGUUGCGACAGACGCGAGCUCUCUGGUGUGUUACAUCACCCGGUUCACAGAGGAAGCCUUCGCCGCUCUCAUCUGCAUCAUCUUCAUCUAUGAGGCUCUGGAGAAGCUCUUCCACCUGGGGGAAAUGUUCCCCAUCAACAUGCACAAUGAUCUGGACAACCUGACCUUCUACAGGUGUCAGUGUUCUCCACCCUUGAAUAUUACACCUGAACUCACAAACUUGUGGAAUCAGAGUGACUUCACUCCUGACUCCAUCAAAUGGAAUGAACUGGACGUGUCCAUGUGUAAAAAGCUGCGGGGUGUGUUUGUGGGUGCAGCGUGCAGUGACCACGGCCCAUUCAUCCCCGAUGUCUUGUUCUGGUCCAUCAUCCUCUUCUUCACCACCUUCUUCCUCUCCGCCUUCCUCAAACAGUUCAGAACCAAACGCUACUUUCCCACCAGGGUUCGCUCUACCAUCAGUGAUUUUGCGGUUUUUCUCACCAUUAUGUUCAUGGUGCUGCUGGAUUACCUGGUGGGGAUUCCAUCACCCAAACUCAAUGUUCCUGACACCUUUGAGCCCACCUCUAAAGGCCGUGGUUGGUGGAUGACUCCAUUGGGUUCCAAUCCCUGGUGGACGAUGUUAGCAGCGGUGAUUCCUGCUCUGCUCUGUACCAUCCUCAUCUUCAUGGACCAGCAGAUCACCGCUGUCAUCAUCAACCGCAAAGAGCACAAGCUCAAGAAAGGCUGUGGGUAUCACCUGGACCUGCUGGUGGUGGCGGUGAUGCUGGGUGUGUGCUCUCUGAUGGGUUUGCCGUGGUUUGUAGCUGCCACCGUUCUCUCCAUCUCCCAUGUGAACUCUCUGAAGGUGGAGUCUCAGUGCUCCGCCCCAGGGGAACAGCCCAAAUUCCUGGGAAUCAGAGAGCAGAGAGUUACUGGCUUCAUGAUCUUCAUCCUCAUGGGCUUAUCCGUCUUCAUGACCUCCGUGCUCAAGUUUAUUCCCAUGCCAGUGCUGUAUGGAGUUUUCCUCUACAUGGGCGUGUCAUCUCUUAAAGGUAUCCAGUUUUUUGACCGCAUUAAGCUGUUUGGGAUGCCCGCUAAGCACCAGCCUGAUCUCAUCUACCUGCGCUACGUUCCUCUGUGGAAGGUCCACAUAUUCACCUUCGUACAGCUCACCUGCCUCGUGCUGCUCUGGGUCAUCAAAGCCUCGGCCGCCGCCGUGGUCUUCCCCAUGAUGGUCCUGGCUCUGGUGUUUGUGAGGAAGCUCCUAGAUUUCUGCUUUACAAAGCGAGAGCUCAGUUGGCUGGACGACUUGAUGCCAGAGAGCAAGAAGAAAAAGGAGGAUGACAAGAAGAAGCUCGCCAAAGAGGAGGCAGAGCGCAUGCUGGAGGUUCAGGUGAUGGAUUACGACAGCGACAAUCUGCUCAGCAUCAAAGCCCUCAGCACUGACCCUUCUGUGGUUAACAUUACUGAUGAAAUGGCCAAAACCAGCAUGUGGAAAGCUGUGAACUCCGACCCCUCCAAAGGGCCCAAAUAUAGGGAAAGUGAUAAAAGCCCUAGUAUUAAAAUCACAGUGGACAAGGCGGAUGUGGGGACGCUUGUGGACACGGAGACAUCGCUAUGAGGACAAGAAGAGCAGAACCUCAGAGAGAGAGAAGAGUUUCUCACAGCGAAGGCCAAAUGAGUUCAGGAGGAAACAUGCUGCUCUGUUUUAUCAUCACACACACACACACACACACACACACACACACAGUACCGUGGUUAAAUCUAAUCAGUGUGUAGUGACUCUAUUAUUCUGUGAGGUACGUUAUCACACCCUCGAGCUCCACACUCACCACUCCUGUUUUUAUUAUUAUUAUUUAUUUUAAAGGUAAGUGUUAAACGCGAGAUGUUCUGCUGUGGGUUUAGAGGUGUGUGUUGGAAUUUAGCAUCGCAGCUCCAUCACAUUACACAGCAAACACUCAUCCCCUGAUCCUCUCAUCCCCUCAUUUACUCAUCCCCUGACCACUCAUCCCCUCAUUUACUCAUCCCCUGACCACUCGUCCCCUGACCACUCAUCCCCUGAUCCCCUGACCACUCAUCCCCUGACCACUCAUCCCCUGAUCCCCUGACCACUCAUCCCCUGAUCCCCUGACCACUCAUCCCCUGAUCCCCUGACCACUCAUCCCCUGAUCCCCUGACCACUCAUCCCCUGACCACUCAUCCCCUGAUCCCCUGACCACUCAUCCCCUGAUCCCCUGACCACUCAUCCCCUGAUCCCCUGACCACUCAUCCCCUGAUCCCCUGACCACUCAUCCCCUGAUCCCCUGACCACUCAUCCCCUGAUCCCCUGACCACUCAUCCCCUGACCACUCAUCCCCUGACCCCCUGAUCCCCUGACCACUCAUCCCCUGAUCCCCUGACCACUCAUCCCCUGACCACUCAUCCCCUGAUCCCCUGACCACUCAUCCCCUGACCACUCAUCCCCUGAUCCCCUGACCACUCAUCCCCUGACCACUCAUACCCUGACCACUCAUCCCCUGAUCCCCUGACCACUCAUCCCCUGACCACUCAUCCCCUGAAACCCUGACCACUCAUCCCCUGACCCCCUGAACCCCUGACCACUCAUCCCCUGAUUCCCUGACCACUCAUCCCCUGACCCCCUGAUCCCCUGACCACUCAUCCCCUGACCACUCAUCCCCUGAUCCCCUGACCACUCAUCCCCUGACCCCCUGAUCCCCUGACCACUCAUCCCCUGAUCCCCUGUGUUCACACUUUAUUUCCCUUAAAGCUUUUUAUUUUUCUGUUAUAAUGUCCGUUUGUGUUUUUGAGACUGUUAAACAGUAUAAAGCUGAAAGGUGGUGUUUACAGAGUGUGUGUGUGUCGCAUCCUGUUUACAUAAAACUUCAUGUAUUCCUGUGUGUGUGUGUGUGUGUGUGUGUGUGUGUGCGCGCUGAAGUUAUUCCAUAUCACCGUAUACUUGUUAAAACUCUGGAUCCUUCACGGUUCUUCACUUGUCCCUCUGAGAGAAGGUUUAAAGUUUCUACAGCCAGAUCCUCAGUGCAGCUCCAGGAGAAUAAGAACCUCUAAAGAACCUUUAAUGAUCCACUGAAGCCCUGAAAGAACCCUGUGGUUCCAGUAAAACCAGUGUAACUAAGCGAUCAUCUGGAGCUGAGACUUGCACCGUAACACACUGUAGAUCUGAGAGGGUUUUAACUCAAACAUCAGCCAUUCUUCUCUUCCAAAAAAGACUUCUGAUAGGAAGACAACCUUCUCUGAGAGGAGUGAGAGGAACCCUGAAGUGUCCAGUGUGGUUCCUGGGCAGAACCCAGUGUUAGUGCUAAUGUGAGAGCGUUGUGAUGUCUCACACGUCUGAUCCAGCGCUCCACUUCCUGUAAAUGUUUACUGUGUGUUCAGGAUCGGAGUAACUCUACUCGUUAGCGCCCCCACAGGACAGUCGCGUGGAUGCUGCACUUACACCAGAGUGGGACUGCUUUCUCUCUCUCUCUCUCUCUCUCUCUCUCUCUCUCUCUCUCUCUCUCUCUCUCUUUCUUUCUCUUUCUUUCUUUUUUAAAGAAAGAUAAUUGUUACAGAACACAUUGUGCCUGGUAUUUCUCUCUCUCUCUCUCUCUCUCUCUCUCUCUAUAUAUAUAUAUAUAAACCCAAAGUAAUAGGUCCUGACUUUUUUUGUAGUUUUUUAUUCAUGUGUUUUUUUUAGGCUGCUCAGUUUGAAACUGUUCAUUAAGUUAUUAGAUUUGAUUAAUGAAGUAUUUAAAGUUUUAUUUUAGCUUAGAAUCAAAUUUAAUUUGAGAUUCCUGAUCAUUUUCUCCCAGUGGUUGUGUGUUUAGUGUUCCGUGUCUCAGCCGGGACGCAGCACUCAUCCUGUCUUCCUUCUGAAGAUUCAGAACAAGUAUUUUGACUCCACACUGCUGCAGGUUUUCUCUCCGAUCCUCUGGGAAGCUGCUGCUUUCACUUCAGCUCUUAGAUUGUUGUCGCCUUCAGCAGACUGUUUAUAAAAGUGUACAGUAAAACUGGAUUAUUCACACAGAGUUGUUUUUGUAAAAGCUCUAAAAAUUGUUCAGUAAAAGCAGACACAUUGUUAGUGUGUGUGUUGA